UCUUCAGUCAAGAAGUCAAAGCAACCCAAGACCAGCAAAAUGUUCAAACUGAUUGCCCUCAUCUCUGCCCUGUGCGCCGUGGCCAAUGCCGGAGUGAUUUCGCCUUAUAGCCAUGGCUAUGGACUGGGAUACGGUGCUGCACUGGCUCCGGCUUAUGCCGCUCCGGCCGUGAUUGCCCACGCCCCGAUCAUCAAGAGCUACGCCACACCCAUUGUGGCCCAUCACCCGGUGGCCACGUCGUAUGCCAACACCUACAAGGUGGCCACCAAGGCCUACCCCGUGGUCCAUGCUGCUCCUCUGGUCCAUGCCGCUCCUCUGGUCCAUGCCGUCCCAGCCAUCCACUCCACCUCCACCUACCACGGUGCUUAUGGCGGCUAUGGUGGCUACGGACUGGGAUACUCCGGCUACGGACACGGAGGAUACCUGCACUAAGGAUCUACGAUAUGAGAUACGAACAGCCCCCGUUGACGACCCCUGAAUUGAGUUAUUCCAGCGGAUAAUUCGCAUUUUGCUGCCGUCAAAGUGUUGAAUUUGCAUUUCGUAGUCAGAGGCAGAAAAAUAUCGGGUCUAUUCCCAUAAUUGUGUACAAAAACCCCUUAAAUCCCAGAAACCCACUUAGAGACAGAGACACUUAGAGAAAUAAGGAUCACUAACGGGAGGCGGCGAGAGCGAGAGAUUGACGGAAGGAUCAAGUUUCGUUGAUUUUGCUAGCACGGUGCAACUCAGUGCACUUGUGCACUUCAACACUUUCUGUAAAUAAACGAUAAAUGACUCUAAAACGAA